CUGCACUACUGUAUGUCCACCGCUAUAUAUGUCUGACUGACUGGCCCGCCUUCUGUUAAUUUAUUUUCUGCCACACGAUGGGCUGCUUAUACGAUGAUACCCCCGUCUACGACUUCCAAGAGGACAUGCCCUGGGCCCGCGAGCCCUGGAAGGCCAUCUAUGUCGUGCAGCGGCUCUUCACGACCCUGCUGCUCGUUCCGCUAUGGGCCUUAUACUACCUCAUUAUGCCGAGGUCGUAUCGGCCGCGGCCGUCGUGGUCGAUACGCAUGAUCAUAUGUGUCAAGUUUAUGAAGCGGGUACACAAGGUCACUGAGGUCGCUGGCGUGACCUGGGGCACGCGGAAUCCUGAGAGCGAGGAGACGGGAAAGCUGAAGGAGACGCGGUUUGAAUGGGUCGAGCCCUUGCCUCUGGAGCUACAGACGGGGAUCGUGAGGGACGAGAAGGUCAAGUGCAAGAGGGUGGGAUGCUUCGUCUGGCCGAAGGAGCCUACUCCUUUGAGCACGAAGUCUCGUCGUUCUGCAAGCUCGUCUGAGAAGUACAAGUCCAACGGUAAAGGUCCUCGAAUCAAGGUGGAAGUGGCCCCGUACGAGUCUCCUGACCCUAACCGUUCGGGCGUCGACCUGCGCUCUAUCAUCAGCACGACAUCAGCCGCAACUACGGUUACCUCUACUCCCCCUCCCGUCGUUGGAAUAUUCUUGCAUGGCGGCGGGUUCUGCCACAUGUCUGCUCACGAGUCUUCUGGAACGUCACGGAUCCCCCGGCGCUUGAUCCAGGAUAAGGUCUUCACUGAGAUAUAUGCGGUGGAGUACAGGCUCCUCCAAUACGCUCCCGUUCCGGGCGCAAUCCAAGACGCAGCGGCCGUCUACGCGCACGUCGUCAUGAAUGUCUUAGGUGCCGCCAAGGACAUCGACGGCAUCUACCGGUACCCUGGCACCGCAACCCAGCUCUCACCCAACUCGUCUCCUAAUCUGUCCAUUCCGUCAUCCGCCCCAGCCCAUGCAGAAUUCCGCAGGCCGAGGGUCGUCCUCAUCGGUGACUCGGCCGGAGGAAAUUUGAUUCUUGGCCUUGCGAGGUGGAUCAGGGAUGAAGGUAUAUUGCCGAUGCCGGACGGGAUGCUGCUGUUAUCGCCUUCCUGCGAUCCCUCCCACGCAUUCCCCAUCGCACCUUCUUCCUAUAUCCCACGCCCACACUCAUGCACCGACUACCUCGUAGACACCCCAGAACCCCGCGCCCUUCUCCAGAAAACCUUCCUAGGCCACCACCCAAUCGAGACGAUCCACUCGCCUUACAUCUCCCCCGCCUCGCCGCGCGUUCUGCGCGCGUACGGGCAUUCGGUGGAGUGGGACGGCGAGGGCGGGCAGUACGGCCCGCUGCAGCUGCAAGCCAUGGAGGCCGCGGAGGGCAACAUCGGCAUGAUGACCAGCGUGCCCCUCCCGACGCAUGCGGGCAACACCACGCUCAGCGAGACCGGCCAGUCCGACUGCCAAUACCAUGUGAAUGAGGCGAACUCCCUUGCCUCGGGUGCUGUCUCGGGGUCGAGUGGGCGGUCGGGAAUCACGAGCGUCACGUCGGGCGUUGGCGUGCAACGGGACGGACGCGCGCCGAGCGGUCAUUUGAGUUUGGUGAUGGAGGCGCCCGAGGAGCCGCUUGCCGCUGGUGCGCAGGGCAUCCCGGGCCCACCGCUCGCGGAGGACAUCACGCAGCUGUAUCUCAACCCCGCGCCUGUCAAUCCUGCGCACCGGACGUCGCUGUUCCGCGACUUCCCGCCGUGCUUCGUGAUGAUGGGCGACGCGGAACGGCUAGAGAGAGAGGUUGGGUUGCUUGUCAGGGCGAUGCAGCACGAUGGCGUCGAUGUGAAGUUGCAUAUCGUAAAAGACGCCGUGCACGACUGCUUGAUCCUCAAAUGGUGGGAUGAAAAAGAGCGGCAGAAGGUGUGGAAUGGGAUCGCGGAGUGGGUGCAGAGAUGUGUCAUUAUGAGAAGCUGCUGAGCAGGCUCGUUAUGUAUCUACUAGCGGUGAUCUAUAGGAGAGGGACAUUGUAGGUUCUAUCUGGAAGGGACAAUGUAUUAUCUUUUCAUACUUGUCGUAGUAAUCCAAUGGACUCUUUUCAUUCAGCCAGGCAGGCUCAGA